CGUUGUAUUUUUAUUGUAACGGUGAUGUGUGUAUACUUUGAAAAUUAUUAUUUUAGGGCUAAUUAUGUUUAGUUUUGUAUAUAAGAAUUAUUGAGACAAAUACAUGUAAAGGAAAUUUUUCAAAUAAUUUUAUUGGUGUCUUCAUCAGAUAAAAUGGCUAUUGUUAUAGUUGCGUAACUGAUAAGAAGUAAGUUUAGUAUUAAGAGUUCAGUUAUCUGGCAUCACUUGUUGGCAUUGCACGUUUUGUCUACGUCUUGUUAUCAAUAAAAGAGGCAAUGAAGAUAGGUUUCAUCGGAGGCGGUAAACUUGCUUACGCCUUGGCCAAUGGCUUUGUUUCUGCAGGAUUGGCUAAGCCCGACGAGAUUACUGCUAGCUGUCACCCAGCAGAUAAGGCUAGCGCCGAAGCAUUCAAAAGCUUAGGAGCUACAGCACUAUUUGAAAACAAAUCUGUUGUGGAACGCUCAGAAGUAGUUAUAGUCUCGGUCAAGCCAGAUGUAGUGGUGCCAGCUCUCAAGGAUGUCAAAGAUCUUGCUGCGUCCAAAAAUAAAUUAUUCAUAUCAGUAGCCAUGGGCGUUUCGACAAGCACCAUAGAGAAGGCAUUACCAUCAGAAGCACGCGUUAUUCGCGUGAUGCCGAACACUCCAGCUCUAGUCAAAGAAGGUGCUGCAGCGUUAAGCAGAGGUUCAAAAGCUACAGCAGAGGACGCCAAGUUGGCAGCUGAACUUUUCCGAGCUGUCGGCACGUGUGACGAGGUCCCAGAGUAUCAAAUGGACGCAGUCACAGCUUUGAGCGGCAGUGGUCCAGCUUAUGUGUACAUGCUGAUAGAGUCCCUAGCGGAUGGUGGUGUCCGAUGUGGACUCCCCCGGGACCUGGCACUUCGGCUCGCCACCCAGACCACGAGAGGCGCUGCCAGUAUGCUGAGUACCGGAAGCCAUCCAGCUGUGUUGAAGGACAAUGUGACUUCUCCAGCUGGUUCCACAGCCGAGGGGACCUAUCACCUGGAACAGAAUGGAUUCAGAUCAGCUGUUAUUGGAGCAGUAAUGGCUGCGACGAAUAGAUGUAAGGUCGUUAAUGAACAAUUAAACAAAUGAAUUAAAUCAUAAAUAACGUCACAAAUUAAAUAUCAAUAAAAGGAAUGAACAA